AUGCUUCAUGGACAUCGACAGUUUAUGGCUGCGAAGACUUAUUCGAAACAUUUAUCCGCAGUUUUGAGUUUAGUCGCUCAGUUGAUUGUACUUGCCAUCUGGCUAGCGAUACCUCUUGCAUUUCUCCUCGGAGAUGUCAUUCUUCAUAUCGAAGGAUAUGAAGUUUACUGUAACAUUUUAAUUUGCUUAUUCUCAACUCAUUCUAUAACCAAUGUUCUCUCCAGCUACUACGAUGGUUCAACCGAGAAAGACGUUGCGUAA